AAUUAUAUAAUAGAAUCAUACGAACAGUCCAAUCUCUCUCUGUCUUCCACACAUUCCAUUUCUUGAUUGAUUAUUGAGCUCAAGAGUUGAUAAAUCCCCAUAGAUCCUUCUUGAUUACUUUACACUCUGGUUACCAGUUUCUUCCCCUUCUGCUUUCUUAAGAUCUCUCAUGGCUCCAAUGGUUGCAGCAAUGAUUGAACUCUGAAUCUAUUUUCAUUGUUUUCUUCAUGCUCGGAAAAAAUGGAGGCUAAGUUUCAGUUUCUGUUUCUCCUCUUUCUUUUUGAUGUCUCCUUUGCUCAGAUGCCAGGUUUUAUAAGUUUGGACUGUGGAGGUCAAGAAAGUUUCACUGAUGACAUUGGUCUGGAAUGGGUUCCAGAUAUUCAUGUUCGUUUUGGAGAAGCAAUUAACCUAUCUGUUGCAAAUGAGACGAGGAAGCAAUACAGGACCUUAAGACACUUCCCUGCUGAUUCCAGGAAGUACUGUUACUCACUCAAUGUCACUAGUAGAACACGUUACCUUCUCAGAGCAACAUUUUUGUAUGGUAACUUCGACAACAAUAACGUGUAUCCAAAAUUUGACAUUUCCCUCGGGGCAACUCACUGGACAACAAUUGUCAUAUCUGACGCCAACACCAUAAAGGUUCGAGAGAUCAUAUUUCUGGCUUCAACUCCUACUGUGAGUGUUUGUUUGUCAAAUGCCACAACUGGGCAGCCGUUCAUAUCCACGCUUGAGCUUCGACAAUUUAAUGGCUCUAUCUACUAUACUGAAUUUGAGGAUCAGUUUUACCUAAGUGUCUCGGCAAGGAUCAAUUUUGGAGCAGAUUCCGAAGCCCCAGUAAGGUAUCCUGAUGACCCUUUUGACCGGAUAUGGGAGUCUGACUCUGUGAGAAAAGCAAAUUAUCUUGUUGAUGUUGCUGCUGGUACUGAAAAAGUUUCCACUAAAAUGCCAAUAAAUGUCAAUAGAGAUGAAAGACCACCUCAAAAAGUUAUGCAGACGGCUGUAGUUGGCAGAAAUGGUUCAUUAACUUACCGUUUGAAUUUGGAUGGUUUCCCUGGCUUUGGAUGGGCAUUCACCUACUUUGCAGAAAUUGAAGACUUGGGUCCUACUGAUACGAGAAAAUUCAGGCUUGUACUUCCCGGCAUGCCUGAAAUCAGCAAAGCUGUAGUCAACAUUGAAGAAAAUGCUCAAGGAAAAUACCGGCUUUAUGAGCCUGGUUUUACCAACAUAACCUUCCCUUUUGUAUUAUCUUUUAGGUUUGGGAAAACAUCAGAUUCUGUGUUGGGACCUCUGUUAAAUGCCAUGGAGAUUAACAAGUAUCUUGAAAAAAGUGAUGGUUCUCUUGAUGGAGCAGUUGUUGCUAGUGUAAUUUCAAAAUUAUCAUCUUCAGAUUUGGAUGAAGGUGGUGAUCCAUGCAUGCCAGUUCCUUGGUCAUGGUUGCAGUGUAACUCUGAUCCACAGCCAAGAAUAGUUAAAAUUUUAUUGUCCAAAAAGAAUUUGACAGGGAACAUCCCUACAGACGUUGCAAAGUUGAACAGUUUAGUUGAAUUGUGGCUUGAUGGAAAUUCAUUUGUUGGUCCUAUACCCGAUUUUACUGGCUGUGUGAACUUGAAAAUCCUCCAUCUUGAGAACAAUCAGUUGACGGGAGAGUUGCCUUCCUCAUUAGUAAAUCUUCCUAGUUUACGGGAGCUGUAUGUGCAGAAUAACAUGUUAUCUGGAACAGUGCCUUCCGGUCGUCUAAAAAAGGAUCUAACUUUAGUCUACUCUGGAAACAUUAAUCUUCAUGAAGGGGGGAAAAAGAACCACAUUUAUAUCAUUUUGGGUUCUGUAAUUGGUGCUCUUGUCCUGCUAUUGGCAACUGUGGUAUCUUGCUACUUUUUGCAAAGAAGAAGAAGAAGAAAAUCUCGUGAGCAAGCUGAUGUACUCGAAGAAUCCAAGCCUGCACAAAAAUUUGCCUCUUCAAAGGGCGAUGCUCCCAAGGAAACUGCACAUUGCUUCAGUGUUAAAGAAAUUGAAGAAGCAACAAGAGGUUUUGAAAGAAAAAUUGGGUCUGGAGGUUUUGGUGUUGUAUACUACGGGAAAUUAAAUGAUGGAAAAGAAAUUGCAGUUAAGGUCUUGACUAGUAACUCCUUCCAGGGAAAGCGAGAAUUUACAAAUGAGGUGACUCUUCUUUCAAGGAUUCAUCACAGAAAUCUUGUACAAUUUCUUGGAUAUUGUCAAGAAGUAGAUAGAAGUAUGCUUGUCUACGAGUAUAUGCACAAUGGAACUCUCAAGGAACAUCUUUAUGCUCCACUAACACGUGGAAAAACUAUCAGUUGGAUAAAGCGCCUUCAGAUUGCUGAAGACGCUGCCAGAGGGAUCGAAUACCUUCACACAGGGUGUAUACCGGCAAUUAUUCAUAGGGACUUGAAAAGCAGUAAUAUUCUUCUUGACCGACACAUGAGAGCAAAGGUUUCAGAUUUCGGUCUGUCAAAGCUUGCCGUGGAUGGCGCCUCCCACGUGUCCAGCAUUGUUCGGGGGACUGUUGGAUACUUGGAUCCAGAGUAUUAUAUUUCUCAGCAAUUGACCGACAAGAGUGAUGUAUAUAGUUUUGGCGUUAUUCUUCUCGAGUUGAUAUCUGGUCAAGAAGCUAUAUCGAACGUAAACUUCGGUGCUAAUUGCCGCAACAUCGUUCAGUGGGCAAAGCUACACAUCGAGAGCGGCGACAUUCAAGGGAUCAUCGAUCCAUCCCUACGCUUCGAGUACGACAUUCAAUCUAUGUGGAAAAUUGCAGAGAAGGCGUUGAUGUGUGCCCAGCCACAUGGGCACCUGAGGCCAUCCAUGUCUGAAGUGCUUAAGGAGAUACAGGAUUCUAUCUUGAUUGAAAGAGAACCUCUUGCAAGAGAAGGUAACUCUGACGAAAUUUCUGGAAAUUCAGUCCAUUCUAUGAAUAUAGGACCUCUUGAUUUGCGUGCAAACGAAAACUACGUGUCGUUUGACGAAUCCAUUGCUCGACCUCUUGCAAGGUAGCUGUUGUACAAAGAAAUUAGUUCUUCGGAACAAAUUUUCGUACUCAUAUUUGAAUGUUGUUAUUUCAAACGAGUGUUCUAGUCAGAUCACCAACACAUUGAUUUUUCAUCUAUCAAUCUAACAAUUUUAGUUCAAUGAUAGUUUAAAAGUAUUUAUGCAA